UCUCUUCCACUCUUUCUGAUCCACCUCCUAACCCCAGCCCGUUUACUCGAACGCUUGCGCCGCGUAAUAUUCAGUUUGGGUUAGGUUUGCCGUGAUGCUGCCAUCUGUCAAUCAAUCUUCGAAACAAUCUGUUUUCGCAAUGUAGUUCCAACAUUUGACGAAACAUUGUAUCCGCGUUAAAUACCAUUCUCGAUCGGUCUAAAUAAAAGCUGUUCAAGUUAUUCUCCCAGUUAAUAUAGAUCGUUACAAAUGCGAACGACGGACUUUACUUUUGUUUGCUCACUUCUUUUAAACCAAGAUGACGAGGAAUAUCGUUGAUGCUAUGGCGCGUAAUCAUCGAUCGACUGUGGGUAGCUUGUAAACGUACGUUUCGUUCUAGUGUUCCUAAGUCCAUUGUAAAUAACCUCUUCCGCCUUUCGAGAUACAUUGGAAUAAUCGUCGUUGCCAUUUCGCUGCAUCGCAUUCGCUAAAAAUGUCUUGGUUAUUCGGAAAGAAGAAACGACAUAAGGACUCGCCUCCCGAUUCCACGGAAGAAGAACAGUCAUCGAGUCAAAGCGAUGGAUUCGAUAUCAUUUCAAUGCCCCCAGCAAUGCCAAUGGAUACAAGCCACAACACCGCGGCUACGCAUUCUAGUAGUAAUUUAUAUCCGUACGUUCCUCCUGUUCCAAACUUUGGCCAAGGCUUACCGCCCGAAUUAGACAAAGACUAUAAUCAAGGAGAGAACGCACCGCACUAUUUGAACGGAGUUCCAUUUAAAUUGUGCAAACGUCUGGAGAUUAACGCGAGCAACGAUUUCGAGAUAGAUAACCUUAGAAUUAGCGAGAUUUUGUCUUUUAUAGAGAGAAUAGAAAAUCGAAAUUACGAUUAUAGUUUUUCGUUGGAAGAAAGCAUCAUGGCAGAAAUGAAUAGUAGAAGCGACGAAUGAUUUCCUUUCCAACGUGCAAUGUCCACGUGAUCGUCUAAACCACCGUUACUCGUUUUUUUUUAUUGAUGCGUUCGUAAUUAAACGUGUACUUUCUACUCAUGAUUUAACGAAGGAAAGAAAAACAAAGAAGAGAAACUAAACCAAAUUACCUUCACCCACGCUCGAUAAUGCACGAGCACAAAUUUAUUCGAUAAAGAAAAUACGCGAUCAAGUUUUUGUACGCGCGUUUGUAACAUAGCACUUAUUCAUAAUUUUAAGUAUAUUCUAUAUUAUAUGUCACGAGUUUGUACAUUUGUAUCGGAUGUAUAAUUUUAAUGUAUUAAUGAGUGCUUUUAAUAAAUAUUAAGUAUCAUCAGA